UAAAUUACAUUGAAAUGUAAAAUUCGACAAAAUGAGUCGAAAAAAAUCGUAAAAAUAUUACAAAUAAGUGUAUCCAUGAAAUUCGAUCAGUUUUGACGGGAAAUAUAUCAAUAAGAUCGUGCAAAUGCAAAAUUCAAAUCCGGAAAUAAUACAAAACGAGAGACGUUCAAUAGAAGAAAAAAAAAAAAAAAUCAGUUGGCAAAUAGCCAACAAUUAAUUAAAAAGUAAUAAUUAAUAUGAACAAAUAUGGCAAUAGACUUUGUAAUUUUUGGUUUACUGUUGAUAUCGUUCACAAUAAAUUUGCUGCCAUUAGGUGCGUUCUGGGUGACACCCGCCUUACGAACAACGGCUAAUCGUUUUGUUAUAAAUUUAUUAAUAAUUAAUUUAAUCGGUUGUUGCAUACUAGCACCAACAUUAUUUUUAAGUGGCAAUAUGUUGGCGACAGUGGAAAUUAAUGAAGAAAGUGUUGGUAUUAUUACCAAAAAUAAAGCUUCCGAAUUUCUUCCCAAUGAACAGAGAGAUCAAAUGCUGCAACAGGAUUCAGUAGUUGAGACUAAUUUUGAUAGGAAUGUGAGCAAACGUUCAGAAAAAACAUUCCAAUGCAAUUUCACGUAUAAUUGCCAACAGCUGAAAAUUGAGGAUCGAAGUGAGAAAAUUGUGAUAACCGAAGUAAAUGAAAAGUAUUUAAAUGAUAUGAUCGUUGAUACUAGAGUAAAAUUUAGAGAUAAUUCAAGAACAUUGGAAUCAACAAUAUUGACGAGAUGUUGGACAAUUGAUUUGGCAGCUGCAUUGGGAGCAUUAUCGGUGCUUUUAGUGGUUGGAGAUACUUGGAUGGCUGUGAGGGAUCCAUUGCGAUAUCACAGUCGGAUAUCGGGAGUGAAGUCAUAUAUUUUGAUAGCUAUGACAUGGGUUUUUGGGAUACUCUUUGGACUGAUAUCAGCAUUGAGGGAGAUUAAUUUUCAAUGUAGUGCAGUGAUUGAGAAAAAAAUAUACAUCUUGCCAGGGCAAAUUGAAGUUUCUGGAAUUACGACGAGCAUGAUUUUUAACAUGGUUUUUGCAUGCAUUUAUUUCAUUGUCAUUAUAUUGUUGCCAUUUGGAUUCGUUUGUGGAAUGUACUGGAGAAUAGUGUCAGAAGCCAAAGAAAAUGGUGUUAGAAUGCGUCAAAAUGGAUCAUCUCCACUGCUUCACAAUGCAGUGAGUGGGCAUAGAAAUUCGUUAACUAACACACCGUCAUUUGGAGGUUUACACAUGAAAAUCGAUAGGAAAAGAUGUCGGAGGGAUUCGAUAGUGAGAAUUGCAGAAGCUAAAAAGCUUACAUUGCCUCCUCUUUCAGAGCCAGAAGAGUGUCCGUCAGGAGAGGAAAAUUCAAAUAAUAUUUCACGGCCUGUUUCAAGUGUAAGUAAUUCAGAAAUUAAGAGGAAUUACUCAGUAAAACAAAUUUCACCUUUGGGACAAUCUUCACAAGAUCUCAUUGAUCCGACGUUUCGACAGAUACAAUCAACACCAAAUUUACAAAAAUAUCAUCAGAUUCGUCGGGAAUCUUUAAAUGGUUUCGAUCCAACAUCUAACAACUAUCGUAACAUAGCCCAUCAGAGUCUUCAAAACCCAAUUACCAAUGGCGGCUCUCCCAAGUCACUUAGCUAUAUGUCAUCUAUUCGACGGCGGCUAUCAAACGCUUCAUCACUUUUCAAACAGCGCGAAGAGUCACGUGCAGCUCGCAUCAGUAUUUUAGUGGUUAUAAUGUUCCUAGUAUCUUAUCUGCCGUAUGGCCUUCUAGUAUUACUGCAAGGUCGAGUGGUUGAAAAUUUUUCACACUCAACACAGCUAGCAGUUUUUAUGAUUCUCCUCGCGAAUCUCAGCUCACCGUUUAUCUUUGCUUAUAGAAAUAAGCAAGUUCGUCAUGGUGUAACGCGGCUCUUUGGCUUGGAUGCCCGUUCAAAAGAGCAUCGUUUACAGCGGAAGGGUAUCUUUUUACGUUAUGGUACCAAAGCCCGAAUUAGCGUAAGACGAAGUAGCAGUAAAGUUUCAGCUUAUUCGAUGAAUUCGUGUAAAUACCUAACGCCAAUUCUUAAACAUACUAAUAGAACUUUAAGAAAUAAAAAUGGAGAAAAUAAACUUAAAACAAACAACACAUUCCCAACAAAUAAUAAUGCACAAGAAGCAAAAUGCUCAGAUAAUUCAACGAUAACCCAUCAAAGAAGCAACAUAUCGGAGAAUAUUGAUGUUUUUGAUACAACAAUUAAUAUCCAUCCAGAUGAUUCACAUGAGAAGUUUUCAAUUUUCAAAAUAUUCUGCAAGAACUCUUCUAGUCGUAGAAGCUGUGCCACCACACAAACCUGUACUGAUGCAUCAGAACCAAUGGAGGUGUAGUGUUAUAGAAUCACCAUUCAAAAAUUGAAAAACGUAGGUACCUUUAGUCAAAAAAAAUUAUUUUGAAAAAAAAAAAAUAAACAAAAAUGUACAAUUAAGAGGUAAAAUUUAUUUACUUAUACCAAAAAAAUCUCUUAAAUUAAUAACUUAACCAAAAAAUUCGUAUAAUUAAAAUAUUUAAGAGGAUCAACUAA